AUGGGACAGUCUGUCAUUCUGCCCCCUCAGAGGAGGCAAAUCUCCCCCAUCCUUACAAUCGUGGCGCCACUGCACACCUGGGCCCAGUGUGCAAGCAGUGUCAGCAGCUGCAUGGAGCAGGGGGUGCAGCACUACCACAGCCAUCAGCAGUAUAGCCUCCAGGAGCUGCUGUUGCCACCGGAUCUCCAGCCUUCUCACCCACUCUGGGGAGGUGGUUUUAUUGCCUUUUCUACUUAUCCCAAUCUGGCUGAAAGAAUCAAAACCUUUUAUGCAUUAGCUCCCAUUACUACCUUGAAGCACUCCAAAAGCCCGUUAAAAAAAUUUUUUCUAUUUCCUCCAUUCCUCUUCAAGAUUAUAUUUGGUAACAAAGCAUUUUAUCCACACAACUAUUUUGAUAAUAUUUUGGCCAAUGAAGUGUGUACCCGAGAGAAACUAGAGGCCCUCUGCAGCAAUGCUAUAUUUCUCCAUUUUGGAUUCGACCAGAAGAACUUGAACAUGAGUCGCAUGGAUGUGUAUCUGUCACAUAAUCCAGAGAAGACUUCUGUUCAAAACAUGCUCCACUGGAGCCAGGCUGUUAAGUCUGACAAAUUUCAAGCUUUUGACUGGGGAAACCCGGUUCAGAACAUGAGGCACUAUCAUCAGCCCACACCUCCCGAUUGCCAUUUGACAGACAUAAAUGUGCCAAUUGCAGUGUGGGAGGGCGGCAACAACUGGGUGGCUGACCCUCAUGAUGUUGACCGUUUGCUUUCCAAAUUCCCUAAACUCAUUUAUCACAAGCGCAUUCCUUCUUACAAUCACAUGGAUUUUGUCUGGGGACUGAAUGCCCCUCAAGAAGUCUAUAAUAAAAUUGUUUCUAUGAUAGAAAAAGAUAAAAAUUAG